AUGGCAAAGACUAAGACCACUCCAAAUUAUGAGUUUCGGCGUUGUCCAAUGUGUUCCUAUUCAGCAAGAAGUGAAGAAGACUACAAAGGACACGUCUUCAAGUGUGCUAUGCGGACCUUCCAAUGUCCUGUGUGCGACUUCUGUAAUAAUAAAGAAGCUAACCUGAAGCGAUGUCACCCUGGCCUAGCCAAGGAAGAAGUCGUUAAGUUGGGAAGCAAGGAGGAUAAGUGUGAAGAAGUGAGAGAACAGCGGGAAGACGAUUGGCUUGCUCAAGAUCCGGGAGAUCUUAUUGGAGAAAUUUCAGAUGAGGAUAGCGAUAAAGACGAUGAUGGAGACACCACGAGUGAUAAAGAAGCUGAAUCUCAAGAGAAAGAGGUAGAUGAAGGUUUGCUUGAGGGAAGGAUGUUUAGGAAGCCGACAACGCCUUCGCUUCCGAUAAUUAGUAAGCGGAAAUCUUCGGAUGUCCACUUGUCUCCUGCACAACCUAAAAAGUUGAGAAAGGAGGAUCAAGCCGUGCAGACUCCAUUAAGUGGUGAAAACUUUGGAAACUCGUUUGGAAGCAGGAGGGACUGCGGAACUCAAACGGAUCCUUUGAAAAGAAUCCUGACAACGAAAACUGUCAAGAAGUUCAGAGAUGGAAAUGUUGACACUAAAGAUUGUUUCUAAAGAAAAAGUUGUGUUUGAUAUGUGAAUCAUUUGAAAUUCAUUUUUAAGGAAAAUUGUUUUGUUCUGCAAAGUAAAGAAACUUUGUAGAUUAAGUACAUAUGCUAAAUAAAUAUAACUUGGUAGUUUUCACAUUUUCUUUACAUGCGGGUAGCAUGUCAUCGAAGGCGUGGGUAGUGUAACGAUUUUAAGUUAUGUAAUGUUGAAUCAUGCGUACGGCACAUGAUAGCUGUGUUUGCAUUGUCGCCUAGCAACCAGCGGAGAUUGUCACGUGACCCACAGAGGGUAUAUAAACGAGCGCGUCGCAGCCGCAGCGUUCUUUUCCCUAGCAGUCUUCAUAGAGAAGAGAGAGAGAAAUUGCGAGACUAAGGUACGGUUUUGGUAGGUGGGUUGCCUUGAGAGAGAGGCUUACCACAUUUUCAUAGUUAAUAGGACCAACCGUGUUUGACCACUAGUUGGUUAUUAUAGAGGCUGUCCUCUCAGAGGUUAGCCUGGCUUAGUCGUCGCUGAUACUCUAGUAGUAUUAGGGAAGGGGUACGCCUUUAGUUUAGAGGUUGUACACUGUCCGUCCUGCAUAAGGCAUUAACACAGUGACUGCCUCUACUAAGGGUUUACCUCUUCAGUAGGUUAUCCAGCUAGGGCGUGCCGCGGGUAUUCACUACCGCCUGAAUAAGGCAUAUAAUAGUGUUUACCU